AUGUCUCUCCUUGUCGUCUCAGCGCGUCCUAACCCCCAGUCUGGACAUUCCUCGACUUCUGUAGGCUCAAGUGGCGGUUAUGGAGGAUCUGGUUCACCGUCUGAGUAUGGCCCGGGUAGCACAGCUAGCCACAAUUCCUCUCCGGGAAUGGAAUCAGGCUCUGCCUCUGCGCCCAGUGCAACAAGAAGUGCAGGUGGUACAGGCGGGCUCGGCCAACCGUUCCCACACCCCCACCCACCAAAGUGCGGCUGUGAAGAGCAUGGCAGCCACGGCCACAGUUCUUCGGCACGUGAAAGUAAAUGCGGUACUGCUGAGCCAACAAGCGGAGCUGGUUCUGGCUCUGAGACUGGUAGUGCGGGCGAAACAAAGAGUACAGGCGUAGCAAGUGGGCAUGGUUCUGGCUCUCAUUCUGCAGGCAGCUCUGGUACACCGACUGAGACGGGAAGUAGCAGCGCUGGAAGUGAAGCUAGCGGUAGCGGUGGUGCAAGUGCCUCGAGCCCUACGUCCUCAGCAUCGGGUGGUCAGUCUGGCUCAACCACCGGUAGCAGCGGCCCAGAGAGCUACUGA